CACUGUUGUGUAUUAAAACACUUUAUGCAGAGCGGUACCGUGAUUUCACAAUACGAGCAAGAUUACCCUAGCGACCCCUUCCCCGUGUAGUAUAACUUGUCUACAGCAGGCUCGAAGGUCGCAUUAGACAUUUGCUGACAAAAAUGCAGCCGAGCAAAGCAAUACUAUUGUUUACAAGUUUCUAUUUUAGUUUUAAAAACUUAAAAAUGGAAGAGCACUCCGGAGUAUUCGUGUUUCAUUUCUUGAUACUCCUUGCGGAGUGUGCACCAAUGGUGCACCUUGAAGAAAUUUAUAAAGAUGCACUGGGUUUGUUUAGUUUGAGGCCAGGGGCUGAUAGUGGCAUAGAAUUUGGCUGUUUUAUGGUUCCCUUGGUAUUGUUGAGUCAGAUUGUGUUUGGAAAACAUUACCCAUUUAUCUUACAAGAUCAGUGGCAGUUGUAUUACAAUGCAGCACUUUUGAUGGGGUUAUCUACAGUCUUGGUGAUAUUGGUGUUAAAUGGAAGACGAAACCUAACAACUUUAGCACUAGUUCCACUGAUUUGUUUUGCUGUCGCCAAAAUCGUACAAUUUGAAUGGAAAAAAGACACAAACGAAGUUUUUCUCGUUUCAUGCCUGUUGUUGUAUUUUGCAAUAUUUCUUUUCAUCGUGAUAUGCCUACCUAACUCGUUUACACUCGGUGAAAUGAUGGUCGUUGCUCAAACUAUGACAAUCCUUCUUAUUGAUAACGGCAUAAGUAUUUACAGCAGGCUUCGUUUCGUCUUUCCUUCCUCCUACUAUACCGCCGUCACCAACGUUGAUGAGCUGCCAUUCGCAAGAUCUGAAGUAACAUUCGUUCUUCAAACAUUUGUUGUUGGAACUCUGAUAACUGGCCUGCUUCUUUUACCUGUGUUUUACUAUCUUAGUAUUGUGAGCGAACCAGCCGAGCUAUGGAUAGGCUGUCUCUCGUUCUAUGCCAUAUGCCUACUUUCAUUUAUGUCUGUCUUUCUACCGUCAUUCUACAUAACACUGGGAGGAGUAAAUCCCGUCCUUUGGGCUGUAAAAUUUUUGUCUUUAAAUCCUACAAGGAUUCGCCUCAUAAUAUAUUGGUUCGCGAUUGUCCUUCUUUCGUUCGCCGUUGUGGUUUGGAAGAGUUCGUAUCACGAGAAGAAAGACGACCGCCCAUUGACUCCCAAUAUCAUAGUUAGAAAGAUUUUCCAUAUCCUAGCUGUAGCUAUAUUCAUCCCUGGAAUCCUUUACGAUCCCUCGUUGCUCCACAUGUGUUCAUCUGUUGCCACCUCGUUGUUUCUGUUCAUAGAGUUUAUUAGAUUUGGUCGAAUCAAACCGUUUGGGGAAAUGUUUCACAGACACCUGUCACCUUUGAUAGAUCAACGAGACUCUGGUCCUCUCAUAUUGACUCAUGUUUAUCUUCUAACCGGCUGUGCACUGCCUUUGUGGCUAUUUCCCUUGGACUAUCACAAGCUGUCUCAAAAUGGAUGCAAUUUGCUGCUUUAUUCUGGUGUGCUCUCAAUCGGCGUUGGAGAUGCAGCCGCCUCUGUUUUUGGUGUAAAGUUUGGCAAACAUCGUUGGAAAGGAACGACGAAGACUGUCGAAGGAACUCUGGCAUCAUGUUUGUCGCAGUUUUUUGUCAUAUUUUUGUUGAAGACAAAUGGAAUGGAUAUGAACCUCGUGUCGGUCGGUCUCGCCGUCGUAUUAUCCUCGUUACUCGAGGCUUUCACGAGUCAGAUCGAUAACCUUGUGUUACCGCUGUACACGUACACCGUGUUGGCAAUGACCUGCGCAACUUAACACUAUCAAACAUCACUCGCAAACAGCGAUGGGUAAAACGUUGGCAGACGGCUCCCCCCUGAAAAUGUCCUCGGAAGAUUCUCGCCUGGGUAAUAUAUUGUGAUGGCAUCGCGGGAACCAGGUGAUCUACCGCUCAUUCUUUAAGCCAAUCAGCGCCCAGAAUGGUUGUCGAGAAAGAAAUCAAUUCUGCUUUAAUCCUGCAGUAUUUAUUUGAUUAUAUUUUUGUUAUUCCUGAUGAAACUAUAGACGGAAAUCGUGUGAUUAUGUUUAGUUAUAUGAACUAUAGCUCUGACAUCAUUUUAAACCGAAAUGAAGUAUAUUCAAGAGAUAUUAAGUUGUUUCAACCAAGAAAUAGAUUUGACAACCAGUCCCAGUUCUCUCCCGCCAUUCCUUGAAGGGACUACGUUAUUGGCCCAUGCAGUUGACCGCGUGACGAGAUGCAAUGUUGACGACUUCGUACAGGUUUCGUCAGGUGCUCGCGUGGACUUCGUAUUCGUAUAUAUACGAUCUUUAAGACGAUGGGAAAAAAACUAGUAUAUAAUACUUAAAUAAUGCAUGUAAUAAUUAGACAUAUUUCGUUAGCAAAAAUAUAGUCGAUUCAAGUCAUAUCGAACAAUUAGCCUUCUUAAGACAACAUGUAAUAUGAUUAUGAAAUGCACAGAU